AUGUUUGGGUCCAGCGUCACAAAAUUGGCCUUGGUCGCUGGCCUUGUUGGUCAUGCCUUGGCUGACUUGGUCACUUCGGAAAAUACCACCCACAUCUCCCUUGCCAACGACCGCUUCGCUGUCGUUCUAGCCAAGUCUAGUGGCCAUAUCAUCGACGCGACACUGGACGGACAGGACCUACUUGGUCCCCUCAGUGGCAACACGGGCAAAGGACCAUAUCUCGACUGCUCUUGUACUCCAUCUGGGUUCUGGACACCAGGAAGUACCGCGCAAUUUCGUCUCGUCAAAGGGACUGAUUCCAGUGGCACAAAGUAUGGAGGAAUUGUCAUGAGCGAUACCUUCAAACCCACCAAUCAGACACUGUCUCAGUACUUCUUUCUUCGCGGUGAGGAGACGGGCCUGCAUGCGUUUACUCGCCUCACCUACUAUAAUGCAUCGGCACCAUUUCUUCGAGACUUGGGUGAACUUCGCACACUGUUCAGGCCAAACACUAAACUCUGGACUCACUUUUCAACAAGCGACGGCAACUAUGGGCCUCUUCCUGAUGCCGCGGGUGCCCUUACAGUACAAGAUGCGACGUGGUAUGUCGGCGACAAAACCAACGACCCUUACGUGAAGCAGUACUCGGACUAUUGGACCAAGUACAGUCUUUCGGAGAGCUGGCGUAACCAUGAUGUUCAUGGAGAGUUCAGCGACGGGUCUACCAGCAAUGACGGAAGUACGUUCGGCGCGUGGUUAGUUCACAAUACCCGCGAGACAUACUAUGGAGGUCCUCUACACUCGGACCUUGUUGUCGAUGGUAUCGUGUACAACUACAUGGUAUCAGGUCAUCACGGCGCCCCGAUGCCCAAUAUCACCAAUGGUUUCGACCGAACCUGGGGCCCUCAGUUCUAUUACUUCAACAAAGGCAGCAAGGACACCACUCUUGCAGAUCUGCGAGCAGAUGCUGCUCAAUAUGCCAACCCCGAAUGGAAUGCCAAGUUCUACGACAGCAUCGCACAUCACGUUCCCAACUUUGCUCCUUCGGCGAAGAGAACCAAGUACAGCGGCAAAGUCAACUUCCCAAAAAACGCCAAAAGACCAAUCAUUGUGUUGUCCGAAAACAAGCAGGACUUUCAACUCAAUGUUUUCAACACAAAGUCGCUCCAGUACUGGGCUGAAAUUGACAAGUCUGGACAAUACAGCAUUCCACAAGUCGUCGAAGGCACUUACAGAGUCACCAUUUAUGCCGAUGGCAUCUUCGGUUGGUUCAUCAAGGAUGACGUCCAGAUAUCAAAGUCCCAUAACAAGGGCACGUUUACAUGGCGUGAGGAGAGCGCUGGAAAAGAGCUUUGGCGUGUGGGAACACCCGACAAGUCUUCUGGGGAAUAUCUUCAUGGCUACGCACCUGAUACUUCCAAGCCUCUCGAACCAGAGCAGUAUCGAAUUUACUGGGGUAAAUACGACUUCGAAAAGGAUUUCCCCAAGGGCGUGAACUUUCACAUUGGCAAAGACGACGAAGCGAAAGACCUGAAUUAUGUACACUGGUCGUUUUUCGCCGCCAAGGGUAAUCACCUUCGCCCUGAGAAUUACUACGAUAACGUCAACAACUGGACCAUGACAUUCGACCUGAGUAAGAACCAGAUCAAGAACGCGAAAACAGCUACGUUCACGGUUCAGAUCGCAGGAUCGAGAACAGGCAACGGGAACGCGAAGUGGACACCCGUCAAGGACAGAUUUAACAGUAAUCUACCAUGGACUGUAAAUGUCAACGGGGGAUAUGAAGAUACAUGGGUGAUUCCGUACUGGAGAAGCGGUUCUUGUGCUGUCCGCAGCGCCGUUGCGUGUCAGAAUAUUGAGCACAAGUUUGAGUUUUCUGCGUCGAAGCUGAAACAGGGCAAAAAUGAGUUUGUGCUGAGCUUGCCUUUUAAUGCUUCUAGCAUCGAGACGGCUUUGUUACCUGAUACGCUAUAA